AUGGAUGUAGACAUCAUGCCAGAUUCCACAACUUUGUUUUCUAAGUACUAUGUCUGCUUUAAAGCUAUAAGUGAUGGUUGGAAGGAAGGGUGCAGGCUUGUGAUUGGCCUUGAUGGUUGCUUUCUAAAGGGUAUUGUUAGGGGAGAAGUUUUGGCAGCUGUAGGGAGGGAUGCAAACAACCAAAUCUACCCUAUAGCAUGGGCUGUAGUUGGAGUUGAGAACAAGGCCACAUGGAAGUGGUUCAUAGAUCUCCUCAUGGAUGAUAUUGAUGGUGGUCUUGGUGCAGGCAUUACCCUUCUUUCUGAUGGACACAAGGGGUUGCUAGAAGCAGUAAAAGAAAGGUGUCCAGAAGCUGAACACAGACAAUGUGCCAGGCACAUUGUGGGUAAUUUUGCUAAACGGUUUACCGGUCAACAUUUCAGGAAGCUUUUUUGGAGGGCUGUUAGAGCUAGUACUGAACAGAAGUUCAAACAUGUAAUGGAAAAGAUCAAAUCUUUAGAUACUCAAGCAUAUGAGUACCUUAUAGACAGAGAUCCUACUACCUGGUCUAAGGCAUUUUUUAAAGAGGGCAGAGAUUGUGAUGCAGUUGAGAAUGGGGUGAGUGAGAGUUUCAAUUCUGCUAUUAGGCAUGCUAGAAGGAAACCAAUCAUCACUAUGCUAGAGGAGAUUAGGAUAUUUGUGAUGGAGAGGAUAUACAGUCAAAGAGUAGAAGGAAUUGAAUGGGAUUUGAAUAUCUGUCCAAGUAUUAGGAAGCGUAUACAAGAGUUGAAGGUUAAACAGAGAUUGUGGGGGGUUACUCCUUGUGGUUAUCAAAAGUAUGAAGUUAGGUUCAAUGAUGCAGCAUAUGGAGUGGAUCUAAUUGCAAAGACUUGUGCAUGA